UGCCCCCGCUUUCCUCGCUGCAGGUGGGACUGUCGCCUCGGUGCCCCCCCGGGCCGCCGUGUAGCCGACUCUCCGCGACUCCUCGGUCCCCGGAGGCACUCACACCCAGAGCCGUCUGAAUUUGUCCGAAGGCCCCUCUGUCCCAGCGGGGUUCAGCUUCGUCCUCCCCGCCCCGCGGUCACCCAGCUCGGCUUUAGGGGCAGCGCAGGGACAGCUCCCCCCACCCCCCGCCCAGCCCCAGAGCCGUGCCUGGCACGAAGGUAGUGCCUAAGGACUUGCCUGGGCCGUAGGGCGACCCCGCGGGGCCUCACCCAGCCUAAGAGACUGCCAGGAGGAGGUGACACCGACUGGUGUUGCCUGCAGUGAGAACGGCAUGGGCAAAUGCCUGAUGGCUGGAACAGGACCCCAUGUUUGGUAAAUUAGAGUAACUGCGUGUGCCUGGCCGGGGAAAGGAAAGAAAGCUGUGAAGAAUGCGACUGGAGAGAUUGGGAGGGUGAGGGAUGGGGUCUAGGACAAGAAGCCUUGGAGUCAAGGAGGGGCAGAGGAAGGGUGCAGAGAAGAGGUCGAGGUGGAGACUGUGAGGGGUGAGCUAUGACAGCUCAGUGCCCCCUCCCUUGGACAGCCCCUCCCUCCUCUGUCUACCACUGAGCUUGCUGCUUGAUCAAGGGGGUUAAAACACAGCUCAGGAAAGGCAGCACUUCCUUGCCUGUCCAGACCAGGAAAUAACAGUGGGUGCCAUGACAGGGUGUGGCCAAGGGGCCUGAGGGGCCAGGCCUUGGAAAGGGCGGGGGAGGCCUCAGUGACCCUGCCUGAGAGGGACCCAGCAUGGUCAGAGGCCAGGAAUGCAAGGAAUAGAGCAGGUCUGACUGCUGGUUAGAUUGCUACAGGGACAGGCAGCUGACUCACCUGGGCACGUUAAGACUAGCUGGUCUAUCCUCACCCGCCCCAUGGUGAACAUGAAGGCUGCCUGGAGAGCCUACGUGCUUGCUGUGUGCCCUCAGGCUCCCCUCAUCUGGACUCAGGUGGAGAGCAGGCAGGGGUCACUGACCAGUUCAGGAACUCCCCUUUGGGAUGACCUGGGCUCAUUGCUCAAUUCCAAGGCCCUGAGUCCGGCACCCUGGCCAUGUGCAGCCCUGAGGAGGCAGCCCUGCUGCGGCUGGAGGAGGUCUUCUCGGAAACCCUUACCCGCAUCAACAGCCUUGUCCUCCAGCCCCUGCUCACAGCUGCCCCAGACCCCUCAGACUCCUGGGGCAGAGAGUGCCUCCGGCUCCUGCAGCAGCUGCAGAAUAGCUCCCAGCAACUGUGCAAGGUGACUGAGGAAAGCCUGCAGUCACUGCAGGAGAGGCUGCACCACCCGGACUCUACUGGUCUGGAAUCCCUGCUGCUGCUGCACAGCGCUGACCGCGUCCUGCAGGUCCACAUGGAGUACAUUGAUUCCUACACAAGCUGUGUGGCGGUGCAGGCCUUUCAGAAAGCAGCAAAGAGGAGGAGCGAGUACUGGCGGAGCCAGCGGAAGGAGCUGCGGCAGCUCCUGUCGGGCAUGAGUUCAGAGGGCUCGGUGGGCACGGCACUGGGCCAGGCCCUCCGCCAGCCGCUUACCCAUCACGUGCAGCAGUACGUGCUCCUCCUGCUGAGACUCGGGGACACUGUCGGCGAGCGUGACCCCGCCCGAGAGCUGGUGGUACACGCAGCCACUCUCUUUGGGAACCUGCAGUCCUUCAUGAGGCAGGCGCUGGACCAGGCCUUGGCCACGCAGGCCCUCUGGCACACCUUGAGCAGCCGUCUGAGGGAUGUGCUCUGCACCCCCGCUCGCCGACUCUUGCAAGAUAGCCAGGACUCACCCGUGACGGUCACCCCGCUGCGGGCAGAGCGCGCGCUGCUCUUUGAUGAUGCCCUUGUCCUGCUGCAGGGCAACAAUGUCCACACCUUUGAUCUGAAGCUGAUGUGGGUGGAACCUGGGCAGGACGGGUGCACGUUUCACCUUCUCACACCCGAGGAAGCGUUCUCCUUUUGCUCCAAGGACCCCGAGGGCCAGGUGGCCUGGCAGUGGAAGGUUACCCAGGCUGUGUGCCAGGCCUUGCGUGGGAAGAAGGACUUCCCGGUGCUGGGGGCGGGCCCUGAGCCUUCCGAACCCCCCACCUGCCGCUGUGGAGCAUACACCUUCUACGCAGAGGGCCGCUUCUGCCAGGCCACCUACGAGGGCGAGUGGUACUGGGGCAGGCCCCAUGGCAAGGGAACCCUGAAGUGGCCAGAUGGGCAGAAUCAUGUGGGGGAUUUCUGCCAGGGCCUGGAACACGGCUUUGGCAUCCGCCUGGUGCCCCAGGCCUCCGAGGACAAGUUUGACUGUUACAAGUGCCACUGGCGGGAAGGCAGCAUGUGCGGUUAUGGCAUCUGUGAGUACAGCACCAACGAGGUGUACAAGGGCUACUUCCAAGAGGGCCUGCGGCAUGGAUUUGGGGUCCUCGAGAGCGCCCCUCAGGCCCCUCAGCCCUGCAAGUACACAGGCCACUGGGAGAGGGGUCAGAGGAGCGGCUAUGGCAUCGAGGAGGACAGUGACAGGGGUGAGCGCUAUAUUGGCAUGUGGCAGGCUGACCAGCGCCAUGGCCCAGGGGUCAUGGUCACCCAGGCGGGCGUCUGCUACCAGGGGACCUUCCAGGCAGACAAGAUAGUGGGCCCAGGGAUCCUUCUCUCUGACGAUGACUCCUUGUAUGAGGGCAACUUCACCAGGGGCCUGACCCUCUUGGGGAAGGGCAAGGUCACCUUCCCCAAUGGCAUCACCCUGGAGGGCUCUUUCAGCACUGGGGCAGGGAGAGGACUGCAUACGCAGGGCGUGCUGGACACAGCUGCCCUCCCUCCAGACCCAAGCAGCACCUGCAAGAGGCAGCUGGGUCUGGGUGCCUUCCCUGUGGAAAGCCGCUGGCAGGGCGUCUAUGGCCCCUUUGGGGACUUUGUUCGUGCUGGCUGCCCCGGAGACCUGCGGGAGGCCCUGCUGGGCUUCCAUGUGCAGAGCUCGAGGGAGCUGCGCAAGUCCCAGGAGUACCUGUGCUGCGAGAGGACCCACCCCGAGGACUGCGUGGGCAGGAUGGAGGACAUCCUGGAGGAGCUGCUGCAGCACCGGGAGCCUGAGGCCCUGCAGCAGUACCUCAGGAAGGCUCUGAGCAACUCACUGCACCCGCUGGGAAAGCUGCUCCAGACGCUGAUGCUGACCUUCCAGGCCACAUACACAGGCAUCGGGGCCAACAAGCACCUGCAGGGGCUGGCGCAGGAGGAGGUGAAGCAGCACGCCCGGGAACUCUGGGCUGCCUACAGGGGUCUGCUGCAGGUUGCCUUAGAGCGCAAGGGCCAGGCCCCAGAGGAAGAGGAAGAUGCAGAGACAAGGGACCUGCAGGUGCAUGGAUUGGUGCUGCCCCUUGUGCUGCCCAGCUUCUACUCAGAGCUCUUCACUCUCUACCUACUUCUUCAUGAGAGGGAGGAUAGUCUCUACAGCCAGGGCAUCGCCAACCUGAGCCUUUUCCCCGACACCAAGCUACUUGAGUUCCUGGACGUGCAGAAGCAUCUGUGGCCCCUCAAGGACCUCACACUGACGACCAAUCAGAGAUACUCCCUGGUCAGGGACAAGUGCUUCUUGUCAGCCACGGAGUGUCUGCAGAAGAUGAUCACCACCGUGGACCCCCGGGAGAAGCUGGAGGUGCUGGAAAGGACGUACGGGGAAAUAGAGGCCACCGUGUCGCGGGUGCUGGGCCAGGAGCACAAGCUGCCCAUGGAUGACCUGCUGCCGCUGCUCAUCUAUGUGGUGUCACGUGCCCGAAUCCAGCACCUAGGAGCUGAGAUCCACCUGAUCCGUGAUAUGAUGGACCCCAUGCACACAGGAGGCCUGUAUGACUUCCUGCUCACGGCCCUGGAGUCCUGUUACGAGCACAUCCAGAAGGACAUGAAGCUGCACCGCUUAUAUGGCUGCUGGAACUCCAAGGAGCCCUGGUAGCCUGACUUCUGGACAAACUGCAGAACUGAGAGGGGCCGCCGUAGAAUUCUCGUGGAGCAAGCGCAGCCCAGCGUGGCCCCUGUGGCCCAGGGGGCAGAGGGCCGGGUGGGUCCUGGGGGUGUCUCUUGGAGGAGAUGAGGUUUCUCUCAGGAAAUGCUGCUGCUGUCCUGACUGGGAUGAGGGGUGGGGGGUGACGGGCGUGGCCCCAGAACUGGUGGUUUCCCCUCCUCCCACCCUCUGCCUGACCCUUGCCUCCAAGUUACUGAGCCUCUCUGGGCCUCAGUGUUGCCAUCUGUAAAAUGGUGGACUAGAUGGUCUGUAAAGGACCUCUCAUCCAUGUUGCUGAAUUCUAGCAUCCUUCUGGAAGACUGCCUUUGGUCUGUUGGGCUGUAACUGAAGUUCUCAUGUCACAGUCCAUGUCAUUCCGUUUUUCCAUUCCUGGUCAGAGGCUCCAAGCUGCUAGUGACCACUCUGUUUAUCGAGCCUUCUUCCCACGAGUCAUCUCCUGUGGACCUUCUUCCUUCCCGACUCUGCCCCAAGGCCAUCUGGCCUCUCAGGGCUGCAAAGCAGGAACAGCUCCAGCUCCACCCGACCUACUGGGUGGCCUCUGGCAAGCCCUGCCCCUCGUCGGGUAUGCGGUUGAGGGGGUGGGCUUGGAGGUCUCUGACCUGUGCUCCACAUAUCAUGGCGGUGCUGGAGAAAGCUGAGGAGGUGGGGGGAGGAGACGCACCUUAACUGCCUCACCCCAGCAGGUGCCAUGGGAAUUACACACCUGUGACCUCUGUGGGCCUCUGUGCAGGAGGGACAGCAGGGGCACAAGGCUGGCCUGUGCUCUGACUGUCAAGCGCCUCUGGUUUAGGACCUGCCAGGAGUUGGGGAGGGAGGCAAUGGGGGUUCAGGUGCCUUGGGGCAGGGAGGACUUUAUUUAAUUAGUGGGUCUAGUGUGGGACCAAAAGAGCUGGGUCUUGUCGGGGGAGGGGGGGAGGGCUUCAUCCCUGCCGGGCCUCAGUUUCUCCUCCUGAUAGGCCUGGUGACCUGCAGGGACUCCCCCUGCCCUAACGGGAGAUGUGAGUGUUCUGGCAGGGUGACUGUUCUGAGGUGGUCCAGGGGCACAGCAUGGGGAGAGGGUGGAUUUAUGCAGGGCCGUAGCUCUGGAGGACAAGCUGGGCCCAGUUGACAGGCCCAUCCUGGACUGUAAGCACGUUGGGUCACCUGUCUUGGCUCUAGGUGUGCCUUCCAUAAAUGAAGCCCCAACCUCGGCCUGUGAGGGGAGGGCUGUGGGGGCCUCUGAGAAAGCCCAGCCCUCCUGAGCCCAAGGCUGAAUCCCCUCCAGGAGCCUGAUGGGGACAGUGUCCGAAAGACCCUCAGAGACAAUGUGGGGCAGUGGGCUGAGAGACUCAGCUGCCCCGCUGCGCUUCCACCCCCAGGGGAAGGGGUGGGGGAGAGCUUUCUCUGGCUGGUUCCUCCAAAUAUGGCAGCUUGAAUGCAGAAAGGUCUUGGGCUCUGGUUUUGUCAGAGACCCCUGUGGUGGUCCCAUGGAAGUCCCUGGAAGGGAGUCGAACUAAUGAAGAGUGAGGAUAUCCAGAAUCCCAUGGGCAGCUCACCAGCAUGUUAGCCCUCUCCAAUGGUUAUCAGCUAGUUCCUGUCCCUUGACAAGUGACAACAGCCGUGCCUGAAGGCAGCCCUGAGUUGGUGCGAUGCUGCAGCCUCACUCCAGAGAACCCCACAUGCUACUGGGCCUCCGUCAGGAUCAGCAGAAGCUCACUGCAGUUCAGAUUGACCAGGACCCUUCCACCCACCCUCUCUCUGGGCAUCUCCUGCACCUACUGAACUGGGGCCUCUGGACAGGCCCUCAGGAGAUUUCCAGGGCAGCUCAGGCUGCUGGGUCAAACCCUUUCAACAAAACAAUAGGGCUGGCAGGAACCUUCGCAUUAGCCAUUAGUGAGUGAGCAAACUGACAGCUGCGGGCAGUGCUUCUUUACCGAAGAGACACCUGGAGCCAGGUCACCACCUGCCGUGUGGGUGCCUCUGGGAGGCUGAUGGAAAUAACUACCCACAGGCAGGCGAGUCCACACCCCAGUGAUGAUCUCUUCCGGUUGCUGCAGGAGCCCCUUCGGCCACAGUGAGAGCACUGGUGUCCGCUCUGCAAGUCAGGUUGGUAACCAGGGACUCCAGCACCUCCGUGAGCUGGCUGGCAUCAGAAGCAGCCUGGAGGGGCCCAGUUCAGGCCCCCUCUGCCCUCCAUCUUUCUGGUCCCUGUCUCUUCUCCAGAGUGAGGACUCGGCUUUCAGCAGUGAUCGUGAGGAAGAGGUAAAAUUCUUCAUAGUAGACCUCAGUCAGGACUUGAGGAUCACCAGGGCCAGAGAGGAGAGAGGCCAAGGGUGACGCUGCUCGUUGGCAGCCCACAGGUGGCGUUCUGACAGGCUAUGAAGGACCACUCCUGCCCUGCCCUCGAGGGCCAGGACUUGGGGCUGAGAAAGACAGAGACACCGAGAGUUAUUAAACGACCUCUCAGUGAGCAGACGUGUCCGAGUCUCACAGCCCUGGCCCUGGAGACCCACUUUUGCCUUGGUGACCCAACCCCGCCCCCAGCUGCAGCCCUGGCCCUGUGUGCAGGCUCAGGCAACUUCUCAACCUCGGCUUCCCCUGCCUGCUGCUCCCCCUCAACAGUCAAACUUAUCUGCUGCCACCCCCUGCUCUCCAGCUCCUGCCCCUCGAUGUUCUGUCCCCAGAAAUGUCCCCCUCCAGUCCCACUGGGUCCCAGGCUGCUCUGUCCUCACAUUCCCAGCUCCUGUGAAGCCCUGUGUCCCAAGGCAGGAGCGUCCUCACUCCCCAGCUCUUCCCCAGAGCCCCUUCCCCAGCCCCAUCACCUUAUUGGUGUGUGACAGAGGGGUGCCCGCUUCCCCCUGUUCUGCAGGCACACUGCUCACCACCUCUCCCUGGGCUGGCGUCAAUAGCAGUGGGAGCCAAGAAUGGAAACAGCUUGACUCAGGAGAGGCCAGACUGUGAAGGUCCUUGGUCCCCAGGGCAGGUCUGCAUUUAAGGCUGGCAGCGCCUGUAGCAUCUGUGCAAACAGAAGCCCCUCAGGCAUGACCAGGACAGGCAGGGAUCCACAGGGAAAUGGAGGCCCGGUCAAACUUGAGCCAGGAACAGACGGGAAGUUGUUGCCAAAGCCUCAGGAGAAAGGGAAGAAAAGACAGAUGUCCUCUCUGUCUCUGAGGCUCGGGUGGACCUCUCCAGGGCACCAGGGGCUCAGGCCUGGUCCUCCUGGCCCAGGGCCCCUUCCACACCUGGCAGCGAUGUUGCUGGUCUGGCAGGCGUCUCCAUGCAAUGAUCUGCUGCUGGUCAUUGAGCUCCCACUGCAGGAUGUGGUAGCCAGGCUUCAGCUGUUAACCCAGUUGUGGUUGAUGGAGCUGGUAUCCUCCUGAAGGGGACAGGGGCCAGAGAGUCCUGCCUCCCUCCUUCAGUCAGUGAGCCUUGCCAGGAGCCUCCUGGAUGCCAGCCCUGUUCCCUGCAUGGGGUAUGGUCUGGAACACAUCAAAUGAGAUCCCAGCCCUCUUCAGGUGAAAAGGGCUGGCUCUUCUCUGCCAGAAAGGCACCAGCAGACUGCCUGUGCUUGCUGGGCAGAGAGGAGGGGGAGCUGAAGAAAUUGAGUCCAUGGCUAAUCCAAAGUGGGGGCUGGUGAACAGCUAGAGCUCUGACCAAAGGCUGUUUAUUCAGACCACCCUUGAGGGUGCUGGGAGCCAGGGUAGCCCGGGCAGCCCCUUGCCCCCCGCAGCCCCAGAGAAGGGGCUAUGCUGUGUAUAUGAAGCAAAUGCUCCCUGAGCAGGAACCUGAGUGAAGGCCACCUGGCCUCAGCUGUCGGCGCUCCCAGAUGGAUGGCUGCCCACUGUGGGGUCAGCAAAUGGUGGGGACUGCCCUCCCGUGGGCACUGGGGAAGGGAUAAGUUCAGGGUUAGGGUCAAGAUCAAUGUUAGGGAUUAGGGUUAAGAUCAGAGUCAAGAUCAGUGUCAGGUUAGGGUUAGGAGUUAGGACUGAAGUGAGGGUGAGAGUUUAGGAUGAGGUAGGUUAGAGUGAGGGUCGAGGUCAGGUUUGGGUCAGCUCAGGUCCAAGUGCGGUCGGGGCUUUCCUGGUUGGCUUGGUCAGGCGUUGAGCUCUGGCUUUUACUCUUGUCGUGAACAAGAACCAGGGGUGGAGCCAGGCUGCCAAGGCCUCGGUGAAUUCAUCAAUGACCUUGGCCAAGCCCUUCCCCUAACUGGGUCCUGUGUGCUGUGUGCGAGGAAGGUUGCAGCUCAGGCUCUGUUGUUCUGCCGUCCUAGAAGGAGGAGGAGACCCGGAAUGCCUUCUGGGGAGAGCAGGAAGAAGUGCAGCUUGGGCUCUGGGCUUGGAAGGGGCUUCUGCAGGCAGCCCUGCACCUCCGGCACGUCAGAAUGUGGUGGCCAUGCCCGGGGGUCCACUAGCAGUUGUCACCAUGUCCUCAUGCUCGGUAUCAGCAAUAUCUGUAACUGCCCGAUCCAGCGAGCGCAGGCAGGAGGUGAGAGAAGCCCCAGGCUAGCAUCUCCCAUCCCCAGCUCUACUCUGCCAGCCACAGGCCCCAUCACCUGCUUCCUGAAGGUAGGCAUGGGAGGGAAAAAGGGGAAGCAGGAGGAGGCGCGUUAUGUGGCUGGGAUCUCUUGUAGCCUGUGUGGGACUUUUCUUAUCCCCCCCUCCCCACUUCAUAAUUAAAUAUUGUAUUUAAACGGUA